AUGGAAGACUUUCAGCCAGCUGCAGGAGGUUGGCGCGGCCGCCCUUGGCGAACCUUUCCGCCGCAACUCAGCUUCGCAGCCGGCUCGCCGUUGGACGCGAGAGGAUGUGGUUGUCGCAACACGGACUCGCAAACUUGGGAGUAUGAUCGUGUAGGCAUGUUGUUGGCCUGCGAUCACUGGCUGGGGACCAUUCGGAGCAUCGCCGGGCUCCUCGGCGUCGUCGAGGAUGUCUGGUUCUUGAGCGUCCUGCGCAUAUUUCUUGCUCGCGGCGAGGUGCCACUGCGAGAGAGAAAUGACCAGAGAAUCGGUUCAUUUCGACAACCUCAGUCCAUGGCAUAUCCGGUUCUCUUCGCAAACAAAUCCCUGCGCAACCGCGUGCGUACACUCCAAGGCUGCAAGGUUACGAUUGCGCCGGGAGCGUCUGACAUGGAAAAUGCGAGUAAUCCGCGCAGGAACGCGACCGUCGAUGUACAUAAGCGUAACACGAGUUACGCCCUCGACGUGUAUCUCCGAGGCCGGGCAUUUUGCACGACGCGCCUCAGCCACAUCGCGUCGCUCGUCCUCCGCCUGCUUCAUAUCUUCAACGGCUCAUUCUGUACUCGCCCUGCGAUCGCAGCAGUGCUCCUGCUUCACUAUGAGCGCCGGGAACAGAAAAACAGAGGUAUCAGCAAGUUCUCAUUGGCCCUCAAAGUUCGACGACUUCGGGAAAUAUUAAGCGCCCGACGAUGCUGCGACGCGCUCGAGCUCGGAGGACACAAUUAUGGUGCAUGGCUGUUUUGGUACAAGUAUGUCGGGCGUUGGACAGUGAGCAUUCUGUGGGCCCAGCGAAAUACUGUAAGACUUUCUGAGGCCAGUGUCGUCGUAGGCGUCCGGUGUGCAUGCAUACUGUGA